GGAGUUGCGAGGGCGGAAGGGGGGCGCAGCGCAAGUGUGAUAAAAAAGUUCAGUAAUCAUAAACAAAACAUGAGCUAAAAUGGAAAAGUUUAAAGUUGCUCAAUUUUCCGAUUUGACAAUUUGCAAGUUAAUUUCAAAGGAUAGUUUUUAAGUGUUAGAAUGACUGUGUGUUCUUUUAGAUCCGUGAUAAUCGCUUUAUUCGUGUAGUUUUGAUUCUUAUCAGCAGGCUAUCAUGUUCCACACCAAAUGUGGAGAAAAAGUUAUCCUCAGCAACAAUAAUCGCACUGCCAGCCGAAAUAACUCUGAAUUCAAUCAUGGUGUCGUAUUUAGUAGCACUCCAUUGGUUGAAAAUCAACUUUUCAGAGUCAGAAUAGAUAAGAAGACUAACUCUUGUCGGGGAAGUGUAAUAAUUGGUGUGACUGGAGCCAUUUCAGAACUUACUUCUGUUCCUGCCAAUGCUAUAGAUCUACAAAGGAACACUUGGAUCUUGUGGGACUCGUUCAUAUUCCAUAAUGGAGAUUGUGUUUCCGAUUCAUACACUGGUGAUCUCAAUGAUGUUAAUGAAGGAGACCUGGUUGGCGUUAUGGUUACUUCAACUAGAGACCUUGUGUUCUAUAUAAAUGGUGUGCCACAAGGGAUUGCUGCAUCAAACCUCCCUCUUGGGCUAUAUGCAGUUGUGGACCUUUUCACCAAAGCCGCACAAAUUACCGCCCUUCCUGUCUCUAACUACUGGGUCGAAGAGUUCGACCUGGAUCGUGAGUUUUUAGAAUCUCCCGUUGAAGAGCUGAUGACACCUGUCACAACAACUAAUGAUCUGGUCACUAACUUAGAUAUUAAAAUGACUAUUCCGCAGUCAAGUUCCCUCAAUCAGCUCACAAGGCAACGAGCCAACGAUAGACUAAGAUUUCACUCAAAAACUGGUUCGCUUGUAAAAUUAUCCUUCAAUAAAAGAACAGCUGAAAGAUUGCGUCCAUUUGAUGACUUCAAUAAUGGUGUUGUCAUGACUCAUCGGCCCCUUGAAAAUGAUGAGUUAUUCGAGAUAAGAAUAGACAAACUCGUAGACAAAUGGUCUGGAAGUAUAGAAGUCGGGGUCACAACGCAUUUUCCACAUGCCCUCGACUUUCCUGCCACAAUGACAAACCUUCGUUCAGGGACUAUCAUGAUGUCUGGUUGUGGAAUUUUAACUAAUGGUAAAGGAACUCGGCGUGAAUAUGGUGAAUUUAAUCUGGAUGAUUUGCGAAUUGGCGAUCGAAUUGCAAUGAUGCGAAAAUCUGAUGGCACCCUUCACUACUUCAUCAAUGGUCUUGAUCAAGGAGUGGCAGCCAGAAUUGUGCCCCCAUAUUGUUAUGGAGUGGUUGAUCUUUACGGAAGGACUGUGAAAGUAACGAUAGUUGAUCGUGAUGAACGAGAGGAGCAAAAUCUCAUCACCCGGAGGAAUACAGCCCUCAUGGACCAACAGCCAGGCCAAUCAUCUAACGAUUUCCCUGAAGAAGAUAAUGCAGACAGACUGAUGCUUCAUUCUGUGUGUGGUGCUCAUGCAAGUGUCAUCAGUAAUAAUCGCACAGCCUUGCGGCCCAAUGCAUUAGAGGAUUUCAACGAUGCUGUUGUUCUCACUCAUCGUCCUUUGAAACCAGAUGAACUAUUUGAAGUCCAACUCGACAAAAUGGUCACGAAAUGGGCUGGGACAAUUGAAAUAGGUGUCACCACUCAUUCCCCUGAAGAUUUAGAAUACCCGUCCACUAUGACAAAUGUUAAGUCUGGAACAUGGAUGAUGACUGGAAAUGGAGUGAUGAGAAAUGGAGUAACUAUAAUCGAUGAUUAUGGACCAAACCUAGAUCAGUUACAGGUGGGAGAUAGAGUUGGAGUGAUCGUUAAAGAGAAUGGAGCGUUACAUUUCUUUGUAAAUGGUGUGGAUCUUGGCGAGGCUGCAACUAACAUUCCAGUAGGAAAAGUGUAUGGUGUCAUUGACCUCUAUGGUCAGGCUGCGCAGGCAACUAUCGUUGACUAUAACCUUCUUUGUUGCUGCUCAUCUCCAGCACAAAGCUCUCCAAAUGUCUUCGGGGAACAUGUCGAUCUCCAUUUUCACUAUCUCCAUGGAAAAAAUGCCAGAGUCUCAAAUGGUGGGCGCACUGCUUCAAGACCAAAAGCCCUACAUGAAUUCAAUGAAGCUAUCGUUAUAAGCAACAGAACUUUGAAAGAAAAUGAAAUGUUUGCAGUAGUCAUAGAAAAACUGGUAGACCGAUGGUGUGGAUCAAUAGAAGCAGGUGUUACAGCCAUUAGACCAGACGAAUUAGAGUUGCCUGGGACCAUGACUGAUCUAGACCAUGAUACAUGGAUGCUAUCGGGUGCAACUGUGAUGCAAGAUGGCGUUAUGUUCAGGCACAGUUACAAGCUUAAUUUGGAUUCGUUAUCAGUAGGAGAUGUGAUCGGGAUGAUGCGCCAUCCUGAUACAUCCUUGCACUUCUACCUGAAUGGCAUCGACCAAGGAGCAGCAUGUUUUUCAGUUCCUCAGAAUGUAUAUCCUGUCAUUGAUUUGUAUGGACAAUGUGCUCAGGUAUCAAUCGUGAGUUUACCUGAAGGUCGACAAGAUGCUGACUGCAAUGAUGCCGACACAUCAUCACCAUCUGUAGCCUCUCAGAUUGGUGAUACAUUCACCCCUAUCCUUAGAGAACCAGAAGUAAAAAAGAAGACCCACAUUCCAUCUCAUUUAACUCACAGGUUGAGUGCAUUGUGCAGUCAGCACAUACAGCUCGAUGUUAAUAAUACCGUGGCAACGCGAAUUAGCCUAGGUAAUUAUGGCCUCGUAUUCUCCAGUUGUCCUGUCAUGAAGGAUCAGGUGUUCACAAUUCAAAUAGAUCAGUGUGAUACGGCACUAGCGGGCUCACUCGCAAUCGGAAUAACAACAAUGCAGCCUGCGGAGAAAACAGCUCUACCCUCCACCAUUCACCAGCUCAAACAGCCUGUAUGGUUCUUGAAAGGAAGCGAUAUUUGGUAUAACAACACGAUUCUUCAGGAAAGGUAUUGUCAAAGCCUGGAUUGGGCAGAAUCCGGUACUCUAGUCAGUUUAAAACUCUGUAGUAAUCAAACUUUGCGAUUUUAUAUCGACAACAUUGACUGUGGUGUUGCGGUACAAAAUAUUCCAAAGGCAUUAUUUUAUGCUAUCGUGGACUUAAGUGGAAGAACUCUCUCUGUCAGCGUGAUUAGCCAGUCUACUGACGUAUUUCUAAUGCGGCUAGCUUCUAGUAAAGCACAAAUGGCGGAUAGCUUGAAGUCAGAUGAAAGCUCCUCGUGUCAAAGUGGUCCUGUUGUAGAAGUAACCGUUGCUGAUAUUCCAACCAGGGGAGGAACUGAAGAAUGCUCCUUUGCCAAUAAACUGGAAAGUGAUAUCAAAAAAAUCUUCAGCGAUGACUGCUGGUUUUCUUUCAAGGAAAUUACGGGUCAAAAUAUAGUAUUGAUCAAUGAUGGCAUCACAAUAAAGCGUGAAACCAGUUACAAUAAUGGUGUUGUAGUGUGCAGCAAACCCCUGCCGCGAUGCACUUUAUUCCAGAUGGUCCUCGAGUCCCUGAAUCCUCGAUGGGUCUCCUCCAUCAUGCUAGGUGUCGUUAAUGAGUCACAGUUUCCAGUACCACCUACAGCUUUAGGUUUCAAGAAAAAUGCUUGGAUUAUUAGUGCUGAUUCUGUUUUCCAAGAUGGAGAAAAAAUCAAGUCAAACUAUGGACCCAAUCUGGACAAACUUUCGGUAAAGCAGACGGUUGGAGUGAUGGUAGAUGCUGAAUCUCAGUUAAGGUUAUUUGUUAAUGGUGUUGAUCAGGGAGUCGCUGCCUCAAACAUCCCUUACAAGUGCCAUGUUGUUAUUGAUCUCUAUGGACAGUGUGAUCAGAUCUCAAUCAUCAACUCACCAUUACACUUCAGUCAAAUGAAUGCCCCAGUUGAAACCAAAAUUGAGGAGCCCGAAAGUGUACCAGAAGAACUGAAACCUGUCGAUGUUUGUGAAAAGGCUGACCUCGAAAGCCAUGAGAAGGAGCAGUGCGACGAAAAUUCUGAUCAAGAGCUGUGUUGCGAUGAUCCAGCGCUUUCUAAAAGUGUCAAAACAAACGAGAAUUGUCUUGUCGCCUCUGCCUCCUCUUUGACACUAAAAACUGAAAAUUCUGAUGAUGAACUUGAUCCUAAAUCAAUCGCAUCAAAUGAAAACCUGUCUUUGCAGCAUCUUGAGCAGGUACAAAACGCAACACUAUCGUGGCUAUCAGCAUCCCAUUGUGAUAAGAAAACGAGUCUCAAUAUCGCCAACACUUCUUUCGCUGAAGCAGGGAAAUCUAGUGGAAAAUCAACGGCAACAACUCCUGUUACAUGCGGAAAGAGCGUGAAUGUCACACGCUCAUUUGAUGACGGCUCUCCUGUGAUGUCACCUGCAGCUGAAACUCCUCUCAAACCUCUCUCCAACUGUGAUUACCUAAAGUUGUGUUUGCGGUUGAAAGCAACCCUUUGCUUACCAAGUUUCUACUUUCAAAGCGACACAGCAGCCGUUUGUUUUUGUUCUGAUUGUUCACCAAGCUACAAUUCACUGAAAGAGGAGCCACCACCUGGAACCGUUCCUUCUAAUUGGUGCAAAUUACCGCUUCACAAACUCACCUCACCAUCAACUGUAGAAAAAUUAAGCUGUGAUAAGUGGCACAUAGCCUAUGCAAGCGCUUCAUUAGGACAAAUUCGCCAAGUCUUAGAGCAAGGAGAGCUCUUUGAUCCUUGUGAAAAUUUAGGCAGUUGUGAUACUCAUAGUGAAUUUAAAUGGAAGCAAAACGAAUGUGAUGCCUCUCAGAUAAUCUUAUCGCCAACUUUAAAACAUGUUGCGUCCCCUCUCAUCAGUAAAAAGCAUGAAUUCUGUGACCCGAAGACGAAAAAACUGUACCUAGCCCACGCUGCAUUCCAAGUCCUUGUAAAACCAGGCUCAUACAAGACCAAUCCUUUGCCUGACACAGGGCUAAGCAAAUCAAUAGACUCGCUUUCGGAUACUGACAGUGUCCAAUGGCAGACCAAAGAACAAGGUGCUACAUUGCUCACAGCAUUAUUGCUGAAGUUGGAUCCUAUUUAAUUUAAUUUUCUCUGAAAAAACUUAGAGUUCCUCUUCUUUUCUAAGGUUGUUAAUAGCAUUGUGGGGGACUAAGUGAUAAUCAGUUUAAUUUAAAGUCAGUGCUGCUUGCCAACGGUAAAAAAGAUGUGGAAAAAAUGCCUCAACGAGCUAUAGUGGAGGAAAAAGAGGAAGUGCUUGUAAGUCAAGGAUUCGUACCAGCCGACUCCAUUCGGUACACAUAAUAAUCAACUAAGAUGUUGCAUCCAGUCUCUUUUAUCAAUGUUUCUCGAAAAGAAAUUUUCGGGCUGAAAACGCGAUUAUCUGGCAAUGGAGACUUUGCAGGUGUUGGAAAUUUUGGGAAUUUCAUGUUUAAGAUCAAACCACUGAGUGAACUGAGCAGUAGAAUAUCCUUGGUUUCUAAAAUUAAUUAUUAUUAUAGCAGAUAUGACCAGAUGACCUAAUUUGUUAAAAUACAUUUGUUUAAAUGGAAAACACAGUGUGAUGACAUUACAAGGCAGCAUAUUUUCUCUUUUAAGAUCUAUUUUUCUAAAAUCUUCCAUAUCAGUAAAAAAUUAUGACGAAUACUGCUUACGCAGCUCAUUGAGCUCUCUCUGAUGCAGCAAUAAAACAUCUUUGCGCAAAUUCUCCAUUGCAUGGAUACCCUCAGAAAUCAUAUCAGGCUGGAGCCAGAUAUUCAGCCCAACUCUGGUUCCUAGUUGUAGAAUAAAUUUUAAGCUUUUUGUGAAUCGUACAUUAGUUUCCAAGGUAUUUACGAUUAAAGCUGUACCCGGUGACUUCACAUGACUACGAAAGCUAACUUGCACUCACCUUUUGUCGUUGCUCUAUGUUCAUGACCUUCUCUAUAAAUGAUUGUUUCGAAUCGCACACAUUUUUUCAAGAACGUACAGGCAUGCCUCCCUUACAUUUACCAACUUUUUAUCGGUUACUAUUACUGUUGGUUUCAUGGCUUUAUUCUCAGUUAUUAAAAGAAUCCACAGACUUAUUUGUUAAUUUUAAAGGAUUCUAAUGGGUCCCCAAAACCUCAGGAUCAACACAAGGCGCUUGCAACAACCAUUUGCAUCCACAAAAGGGAUCUAGGAAUCGGAGUAGGCCGGAGAAUAAGGUGUCCAGAAAUAUGAAUUGAGGAAAUAACUAAAAAGAGGGUGAAAAGAAACAAUAGGAUAGAUGUAAAAGGAUGAACUCAGGGGGAAAAAUCAAAGAUGCCUUGUUCAAGAGCAAGACUCACUCAGAACAAGCGUGUAUUCAAGACUGCAACUCAAGACUUGAGCUCUAUUUGUCAAUCACUUAUAUUAUUACAUAAAAUAUUUUGCCGGUGUUGAUCAACUCUUUUAUAUAAUUAACAGAAAAUAAUAGACAUUCACGGUUAAUUUGAUGAUUUGACUCAUUUGAAAUUCAGUAAAAAUACAAUUAUCUGGCCAUUGGUGGCGGGUAUAUGCACUAAAUAUUGGAAACCGUGGCUAAUUUAAGAGGCACAAAUUAGUGUACAAAAGAUGAACGAAAACAUGAAAAUUUUGCGAUACUAUCAUAGAAAAUGCAACAAUGUAUGUGCUUUGUUCCGUAACUGCAUUUUAUUCUUAAUUGAUGAUUCUACUUGAGCACAGUCAUGCCAAGCUGAAACUGGAUAAAAUCCUCUAUGUCCAUUGUUUAAUUCAUGUGGGAAACAAAGCCAAUAUUCAGAGUUCCUUUCACUACUUCACUGUAUGACAGGAAACCUCAUGAUUCUUGAAUUUUUAAGUGUAUAUUUGUUCUGAUAGAUCUGAUGACGGAUACUGAUUAUAAAACUGCCCUACAGCAAACUUACACUUUCUUUCCAUUUUCAUUUAAUUCUAAGAUUUCAUACAUGAAUCAUCCUCUGAGAGUAAAAUUCUCCCUAAAAGCACACCUCCUGUUAUUCCCUCCUGGCCCAUUUUGCUUUUGUAUUUUUGUUAACGCAAACAUGACACAGCUCGAUUUUUCUUUUUUUCUAUGUUACCAUUACUUUUAAGCUUGUUCCGUCUUGUCAUGGGAAAACUUUUAGAAGCACAAUUUUUUGUGAGGAGGGGAGGGGGGAGGAUGAGGAGGAGAGCAUUUUAUCUGCUACUUUUGCUCCUCAGAUCUGUGUUCUCAUACGUAAUUUAUUGAAAGCUUUUUGCCUCAAUGCCUCUAGUAAGCAUGCAAGCAAGGGUUGAGAAAGAGAUUUCUUUUUGUAUGGCAGGAAUCAUAUUCCUGAAUUUAUUAUAUCACUUUUUUAAAGCAAAAAGUGGAGAGUACUUUUGUUAUUUUUUUUUUUUUUUUUAUUAUUAUUUUUAAUUAACGCAAGUCAGAAAGAUGAAUGGCUCCAACAUGGUAUUUUAAAAUUUAAAUGUUCCUGUGCACGUAGAAAAUCUUUUUUCGUUGUAUCAAAUUUUAAUAACUUUCAUCGAACAUCAGCACAAUCUUGGAGAAUCGUUUAAAGUUUUUACUUCUCAAAGUGUUGUAUACUAAAAAUAAGCUCUGUUCUUAUAAGCUUAGGCUCUUUCGUUUUAAUUUUUAUGUUUCGAGAAUGCUCAUUUGUUUGUUUAUGAUUUUAGUUUGUAAGUCGUCAGAAUGAAUGUUAUCAAUCCAGGAAGACUUGAAAAGUCCUUCCAUGUGAUAAUUUUUUAUAAAUAUAAUGCCCUUCGCUAAA